CGCGAUCGCGAAUAGGUACUAAACGAACAUAACUUUUGCCCGGCCCCGGCGCCUGGCGCACAAAAUCUGUAACGUUUCUGGAACCGAAUGCUACAUACAUAUAUAACCAUUCGUUUCAAUCCAUUACUUCAAACAAUUAAACAACUUUACUCUGUUAAAAAAGCAAAAUAAGCGUUAAAGUUAGCAGAUAUUGUUGACUGUUUUGUUUUUGGUACAGAUAUCUUCUUCAUCAAUCUGAAAUCCUUACGCAACACUAUAACGUGAUCAAUAACUUAGCUUCAACAGGAAAAUAAACCUACUGAUAAGUUUAAACGUGAAAAGAAUUUAUCUGCUGCAAAGACGCGAUUGAAUCAUUAAGAUCCUAAAAAUGGCUCCAAAUGAAAUUACUACUAAGCAGUUUUCGCUUGUCCCAAAGAUUAUAAAUGGUGGUAUUGCAGGUAUUAUAGGAGUUUCCUGUGUGUUUCCAUUAGACCUAGUAAAAACACGUCUUCAAAAUCAACAAGUUGGAUCAAAUGGAGAGAAGCUAUAUAAAUCUAUGUUUGAUUGUUUCAGAAAAACUUAUAAAACCGAAGGUUAUUUUGGAAUGUAUCGAGGCUCUGCUGUUAAUAUAUUGCUUAUUACACCUGAAAAAGCAAUAAAGUUGGCUGCUAAUGAUUUUUUCAGAUACAAUUUGACCACAAAAGAAGGCAAAUUGCCUGUAAUACGACAAAUGGUUGCUGGUGGCUUAGCGGGGUUAUGUCAGAUUAUAAUAACGACGCCAAUGGAGCUCUUGAAAAUUCAAAUGCAGGAUGCGGGCCGCAUUGCAACACAGGCCAAGGCAAGCGGUAAAACUUAUUCCAAAUCAACUGCCACUCAAAUUGCAUUAGAUUUAUUUAAAACAAAAGGACUUGCCGGUUUGUACAAAGGAACAGGCGCUACAAUGCUUCGCGAUGUUUCAUUUUCAAUUGUAUACUUCCCAUUAUUUGCUACGCUCAAUGAUUUAGGCCCAAGAAAAUCGGAUGCGUCUGGUGAGGCUGUAUUUUGGUGUUCAUUUUUAAGUGGAUGUGCAGCUGGAUCGUUGGCUGCAUUGGCGGUUAAUCCUUUUGACGUGAUCAAAACUAGACUUCAGGCUUUACGGAAAGUUGAAGGAGAAGUGCAAUUCAAUGGCGUUUCAGACUGCAUCAGGAAAACGUUAUCUAAUGAAGGACCACAAGCAUUUUUCAAAGGAGGACUCUGCCGCAUGAUAGUUAUCGCCCCACUUUUUGGAAUAGCUCAAAUGGUUUAUUUCUUGGGUGUCGCUGAGACCUUAUUAGGAAUUAAACAAACUAAAGUCUAAACACUCAACAGUAUUUAACAGUUAUUCGUUCACUAUGUUCGCCAAAAAUAAUAAACGAUAGCGU